AUUCAGAGACAAGGCAUUGGGGUCCUCAGACAUUUCUGUCACAAAUAAACCGUGGUAUUGAAGAACCUGUUUAUAUCAAGGAGCUGAUUAAUUUAGUGUGGCCUAUAGUGAGUCGAAUGAAGAUUUAAUUGUAUAAUAGUUAAAAAAAUAGAAGAGUUUUGUAGUAUAAUCAGUUUAUUGUUCACCUAAUGAAAGGAAUGCAGUUGACUCGUCCUGGGUUGCUAGCAAAAUCUACAGUCUCAACAGUUGUGAAAAAUGCAUCAUGCAGUCGUGGUUGGCUGCGACUGGUGGUGCAGACCAUAUUUGCAACGAUCACGGUGGCCAGUUUUAUUCUAAUACUUCUGAUGGCUGUCCCGACAUGGCCUUCCCAUUCAUUACCACCACCACCGCCGCCGGCCCCACCCACUGUUCCGGCACGGUGCCACAUCGAUAGCUGCAGGAUCACUUGCUUCGACACGCCUUACUUCGGAGAAUAUGAAGACCACAUCAUUCGUGCUGUGAUGACCGUGGAAGAGAAUAAUUGCGUAAGCAUAGUUUUAACCCUGGAGUCUCCAAUGUUUAUUGACAACACAAUGCCACCAAAAUGGCUGGACAGGCUGCGGACAAAUCAUAUUCAUGAUUUGAGAAUAAGUGAUGGAAAUCUGAAGCAUAUUCCAUCAGAUGCCUUUAUGAGUCAAUGUUGUUCCAAUAUUCGAUUGUUGGAAUUCAAGAACCUGAAGUUAAAAUCUUGGACACCCGAUAGUUUCGUAGGCCUUUCCAAUUUAGAAGUACUUUUUAUAAAGAAUAUUCGCCUUGCUGAAAUACCAAGGGAUGCUUUAAGAGCACUGCAUGACACGUUGCGGAGCCUUUCAAUAACUAGAAGUAAUUACUGGAAUCCGCGAAACAUCACUGGUAUGACAAUAUUCAGUCGACUGGAAACUGUUGAUUUAUCCACAAAUAAUUUUAAAGACGUUUUGGGUGCGAAUAGCUUUAUUGGUCUUAGAAAAUGUAAAACUCUUUAUCUCAACUCAUGUGGAAUAACUUCAAUUGGGGCAGGCACCUUUGAUAGUUUAGUUAACAUUGAAAUGUUAUACUUGCACAAUAACCAACUGACAACAUUACCACCGGGUCUGCUCAGCAAUGUUGUUGCCAUUUCUGAUCCUAGACCUAGAAUUAAUUUACAAUACAAUUUUUGGGAAUGCGACUGUUCGGCAGAAGAAAUCAGAAGACUAACAAGACAAGAUGUACUGCUUACUGUUCCUGUUUGUGCCAGCCCAGAAUACUUUAAAGAUAAAAGUUUCAGUGACCUUGAAGCAUAUUGUUCUGGUAAUAAUUAUGAUAUGACUUACGGGACCACCUUAAAAGAUUCAUCAAAUGAUGUAACUAGGUGGUGGGAACACAUUGAUGAUAUAUGUGGGUUUUUUUAUGUGAGCCAGAGGUGCUAUCAUUAUUAUCCUUCGGGCUCCGGCUUGAGGAUGUUAUCACCAGUGCAUGGACACCGCUGUCUCUCCAAUGAUACAGAAAGUAUAAAUAUCAUUCCUUUGUUUCUACAUACUAACAGUACCCAAUUAAUGCCAGAGAGGUCGUGGAUAAAGAUGAACUAUUUCAUAAAAACACAACAGUAUUCCAUUGUCGAGAUAAACGCAACGGAUAUGGGAGACUAUGGACUCGUAUGGUACCAAACCAACUGUCCACACGAGUUGUACUGCAUUAGUGAUGUGCCAGCAGUUUUCAGAAUUUAUAAUAUCGACAUAAAAGCCGAAUAUGUUUUCUGUCCGAUAAAGUUAAGCACCGGGAAGGUUGAACCGGAAAAUUGUGUUAUUUACCAUAAUAAUAAUAAUGUUUUCGAUUUUGAAAGAGGCUACUAUCAGAUUGAAAUACUACUUUACAUUGUAACUGGAAUGGUAUGUUUAAUACUUGGAGCUCUUUGUGUUUACGCAGUGAUCAGGAAGCAUCCCCAUCUUCUAAAAGGAAGCAAAAGAAUAUUGUUUGUGAAACAUAAAUCUGUGGACGCCUUGGUCUUGCCACCAAAAGUGCCUCUAAGGAAUGAUUUUAGCGAACCACCGGUAAAUGAGGGCAGCAAGAAGAUCUUUAUUGUCCCUGCAAAUCAUGUUAAUAAUGUACCAAGCAGAUUUAAAAGGAAUAAAUCGGUGAGGAGUAACAAGAGCAGUGCUCCAAGUUAUAUAUCAGCUCUUCAACCGACGGAGGAUCAGUUAGCUGAAUGGCGCAUACGUCAUCACUUUAACAAUGAUGUGUCACUUAAUUCUAUGUCAUCAGAACUAUCGACAUUUUCUUGGGUCUCCAACGACGAAGGGCUGUACUACUCUAUCGAUGUCGAUAACUAUAAAACUUACGAGAGUGUAAAAUAGUUUAAUUACGACUGAGUUAGCAAACAGGAUAUAUUACACCAUUUAUCAUACAAAAUGUCAGGUAACAUUUGUCACAAAUUAACGUUGCGUUCAGGAAUGCUAUUUUUAAAAGCUAUCAGUUACUUUCCUGUACUGUGUAGUAUUAGCAAAUAUUUGAAGUGGGUACGUACUUGGCUAUCUGUGUGAACGUCAACAUGUGCAGUGAAUACGCAUUUUAUGUAUCAUAUACAUUGAUACCACAUCUACAUAG